AGGGUUUAUCCCUCUAUCCCUCUCUCUCUCUCUCACAAAAAUCUGUACUAGGAAAUGGCGUCGCCGUUAUCGUCCAUUAUCCGAGCUCGAUUCUCCUUUACUGCCACUUAUUCUAUCUACAUGGUGCGCCCUUCUCCGCCCUUCAUUUCAAUUUCCAAAACCCUAAUCCGGCACCCGGCAAUCAAACCUCUCUCCACCUCCGCCUAUCCCAGUGAUUUCCAUCAUCCAGACGCUCCCUCCUCUGCUCCCUCGUUCAAUUACAAUCAGAAUCCCGGCAAUCAGAGCUCGCCACAGAAUAAUGAUUUCGGUAACCACCCUGGUGGUCAGAGGAACAAUAAUUUUCAGAAUAAUCAGGGUUAUGACCCUGGUUACGGCAAUAGGAAUGGAGGAGUGAGCCGAGGUUAUCCAAAUCAAGGGAGUUUCAGUCCUAGUCAAGGAGGAAACCCUAGACCUAACUUUCCAGAUCAGGGGUUUCAGCAGAACCAGAGGUAUCCGCCGAAUCAAGGAUAUGCUCCGAACUCGGGAACGAAUUCGGUGAGGGAUAAUGUAAAUCAGUGGGGAAAUAACCAGAAUCAAGGACUUAGGCCGAAUUCGAAUGGUCAGAAUCUAGGAUAUGCGCCGAAUUCUAACCCUAAUUUGGUGAGAGAUAACGUUAACCAGCACCACGGGAGCAACAGUCAGAAUCAAGGAUAUGCAGCGAAUCCAACCCCGAAUUUGGAGAGGGGUUAUCCUCAGCAAGGAGGAUUUCAGAACCAGGGUUAUCCACAAAACUCGAAUCGGGUACACAAUUACCCCAGUGGUGGUGGUGUUAAUCAAGGGGGAAAUAGGUAUAACGCUCAACCUCAACAGCAACACCAGAACCAGUGGGGAUCACAUGGACAAGCUGCGGCAAAUGAUAACCGAGUUCCAGCAAUUAGAGAUCAGGCAGCCACCGCGGUUGUGACGCUAGUUGUCGACUUGCUUAGUUUGAGCAGAGAGGGUAAGGUUAAGGAAGCAAUUGAACACAUGGAUCAAGGAGUGCUUGCAGAUGCCGAGUGUUUUAGCUUGCUUUUCCAGGCGUGUGGGAACUCGAAGAAGUUUGAGGAGGCGAAGAAAGUGCACGACUACUUCUUGAGGUCGGUGCAUAGGGGUGAUCUUGAAUUAAUUAAUAAGGUGCUUGAUAUGUACUCAAAGUGUGGAAGUAUGACAGAUGCACAAAGAGUUUUUGAUCAUAUGGUUGAUAGAAAUAUGGAUUCUUGGCACUUGAUGAUUAAUGGGUUUGCAGUGAAUGGCCUUGGUGAUGAUGGUUUGGCAUUGUUUGAGCAGAUGAAGACAACUGGUUUGACACCGAAUGGGGAGACUUUUCUUGCUGUUUUAGAAGCUUGUGCUAAUGCUGAUGCUAUUGAAGAGGGAUUCAUAUAUUUUGAUUCAAUGAAGAGUGAUUAUGGGAUUUCUCCUGGAAUUGAACAUUAUGUGGGACUUUUAGGUGUUCUUGGUAAGUUGGGACAUCUUGCUGAGGCUCAGGGGUAUAUAGAGUCUCUUCCAUUUGAACCUACAGCUGUGUUUUGGGAGGCAUUGAUGAACUAUGCCCGUAUACAUGGAGACAUUGAGCUUGAAGAUCAUGCUGAGGAGUUGUUGAUUAGUCUCGACCCUUCAAAGGCCGUCAAAAACAAGAUCCCGACUCCUCCCCCAAAGAAGCACUCCCGCCUCAACAUGCUCGUGGGGAGAAACAGGAUACUUGAGUUCCGUAAUCUCACUCUCUACAAGGACGAGGAGAAGAUAAUGGCUGCGAACAAACCUCAAGCAUACGUGCCUGACACAAGAUACGUUCUUCACGACAUUGAUCAGGAAGCCAAGGAGCAGGCAUUGCUCUACCAUAGUGAGCGCCUAGCAAUUGCAUAUGGUCUGAUCAGCACUCCAGCAAGGCAAACUCUUCGGAUCAUCAAGAACCUUCGUGUCUGUGGUGACUGUCACAAUGCUAUUAAGAUUAUGUCCAGAGUUGUCGGGAGGGAGUUGAUUGUGAGAGACAACAAGCGGUUCCAUCAUUUCAAGGAUGGCAAAUGCUCUUGCAAUGACUACUGGUAAGUAGUUUCCCACUGAUCAUUGCUGGUGGAGUUUGGCUUGAUGAUCAUGCUUAGAUUUACAUAGAGCAAUGAAUCUCUUUGGCUCGUCGAAUGUAGUUUCAUUUAUCUAUGUUCAAUUCACAAUGAAAUUCAAAUGUCACUGCAGUCAAUAGGUAUCUUGAGUAGUGAGAUGAAUUGAUAACUGGUAUGCUGUAGGAAGGGUUUUUAGUUACUAUCCCUGCAUAUAUUUAAGCUUAAAUUUGAAGUUGUUUCUCUUCGUUA